AUUUAAAAUUUAAAAUCCUCGAUUGUUCGAUCGAACACCUUUGAUCUAUCCGACGUUCACGGACUGCUCGCCACCACCACACAUGGCCGCUCUGCCCCCCUCCGCCUGCCGUGGUGGCAUCGGCGCCGGCCGCUGUUCCCGGUAUCAUGUACAGGUAAAGGUGCUUCCUCUGCCUUCUUUGGUGCUGACGGCGCUGUCGACGACCCCAUCCCUGAAACUAAGGGCUGCCCGCCGGCGGACUAGGUGGGGUUGGACGGCGUGCUCGACGUCGUUCCCGAGGCUGGGGAGGGUCGGGUGGCACCGCAGGGAGGGAAGCGCCUCGCUCCUCUCGUUUGGGGCAGCGCCCGGGGAGCUCCUCGCCGGUGGCGGAGGCAACCAGGCCUCAGAUGACCUAUCGCAGGCCCUCUCGGCGCUUCUCCCCUUUGUCGUCGCUGCUACUGCAGUCUCUGCCUUAGUCAACCCGGCCACGUUUUCCUGGGUUUCAAAAGAAUAUUAUGCACCUGCUCUUGGUGGAAUUAUGCUAUCCAUUGGUAUCAGGCUGUCCAUUGAUGAUUUUGCUCUUGCUUUUAAGAGGCCUUUAGCUCUCUCUGUUGGAUAUAUUGCACAGUAUGCUCUUAAGCCACUUUUAGGUUUGUUGAUUGCAAAAGCAUUCAGAACUCCAACUAUGUUCUAUGCUGGCUUUAUCCUUACUUGCUGUGUUGCUGGCGCUCAGCUUUCUAGUUAUGCUAGCUUCUUGAGUAAGAGUGAUGUAGCUUUGAGCAUUCUACUUACUAGCUCGACAACAAUCUCCUCAGUACUUGUUACACCUCUUCUCACUGGUCUUUUGAUUGGUUCUGUGAUUCCAGUAGAUGGAAUUGCUAUGUCAAAGUCCAUUUUGCAGGUGGUUCUACUUCCUGUUGCCUUGGGACUUCUUCUCAACACUUACGCAAAGCCCUUUGUGAACCUCAUCAGACCUAUAAUGCCCUUCAUUGCUAUGUUUUGUACAUCAUUGUGCAUUGGAAGCCCUCUUUCCAUCAAUCGGAGUCAGAUCCUGUCUUCAAAUGGACUUAUGUUACUUUUUCCAAUUAUAACAUUUCAUCUUGUUGCUUUCAUGGUGGGCUACUGGUUUGCUAAAUUUCCCAUGCUUAGGCAAGAGGAGUCAGCUUGCAGAACAAUUUCACUGUGCACCGGAAUGCAGAGCUCCACACUCGCAGGGCUUCUUGCGACACAAUUUCUAGGAGGCAGCCAUGCAGUUCCCGCAGCUUGCUCAGUCGUGGUGAUGGCGAUAAUGGGUUUAAGCCUUGCAUCCUUUUGGGGCACUGGAUACAGAAUCAGAGACAUCCCUUUACUGGUUCUGCCCGACUCCUGAGAGACUCAUGGGAUGGUAAUCAUGGGCCCUCUCCAAAACCGGCUAUCCUUUUAGCUUCUCGUCUCGGCAGGGAAGCAUGGCAGAAACAUCGACGGUACCACCAUCAGAGAGCUUCUAAAUUUCCAAGAUCCAGUUGCAUAUACAAAGCGGAAGCUGUAGCAUAGUAGUACACACUACUGAUCGAAAGUUGGUUGAUAUUUACACAAGACAAGGUUGAGAAGCUACAUUUGAGGGAGUUAAAAGUGGCAUCUCGACUGUCUAUUAAUUUAACGUCAUUCAUUAUGAAUAGCGCUAAGAUGAAAAUUAUUACAUCUUUUGUCGGUAGUCCUUUGAAUUGUAUCGUCCGAUAUAUACAAAGAAAAUAAACGUAUAUAUCUUUUUCUA